AUGAACAACAGCGAACAAUUCUGCCUUUCGUUGUUGAAUGGUUGCAAGACCCUGAAAAGCGUCAAACAAGUUCAAGCUCACGUCUGUAAAACAGGCCUCGACAACGACCUCUUUAUCACCGGAAAACUCCUCCUACGCUGCGCAGUUUUAAUCUCCGACGCACUCGACUAUGCCCACCGUCUCUUCCUCCACAUUCCGAACCCAGAUGUAUUCAUGUACAAUACCCUCAUUCGAGGAUUCGCCGAGUCCUAUUUUCCUCAAAAUUCUCUGACCACAUUCAUUGAUAUGCGCCGAAAAUCACCCACCACUCCUGAUAGCUUUUCUUUUGCUUUUAUUUUCAAAGCAGCGGGCAAUUUGAGGGAUUUGAAAACUGGGUUUCAACUCCAUUGUCAAGCACUCACUUUUGGCCUCGAUACCCAUCUUUUUGUUGGGACGACGAUGACGAGUAUGUAUGCGGAAUGUGGGUGUAUUGGUUUUGCGAAGAAGAUUUUCGAUGAAAUGUUUGAACCAAAUGUAGUGGCGUGGAAUGCGAUGAUUAAUACUUGUUUUAGGUGUGAUGAUGUAGUCGGUGCGGAGAGAAUGUUUAAUGAAAUGCCAUUUAAGAAUGUGACCUCGUGGAACCUUAUGCUUGCCGGGUAUACUAGAGCUGGAGAGCUUGAACUUGCAAAGAAAUCGUUUUUGGAGAUGCCGACGAAAGAUGGUGUUUCUUGGAGUACAAUGAUUGUUGGGUUGGCUCAUAAUGGUUGUUUUGAUGAUGCAUUUGGGUUUUUCAGGGAGUUGAAGAGGGUGAAGAUGAGCCCAAAUGAGGUGAGCUUGACAGGGGUCCUAUCUGCUUGUGCACAAUCUGGGGCGUUUGAGUUCGGAAAGAUCUUACAUGGGUGUAUAGAGAAAGUUGGGUUGAAUUGGAUUAGUUCUGUGAAUAAUGCACUUGUGGAUACGUACUCAAAAUGUGGAAAUGUGGCCAUGGCUCGUUUGGUUUUUGAAAGAAUGCCAGGGAAGAAGAGCAUUGUUUCCUGGACUUCUUUGAUUUCAGGGCUUGCUAUGCAAGGAUAUGGUGAAGAGGCAAUAACACUUUUUCACGAGAUGGAAGGUUCUGGAAUUAGACCUGAUGGGAUCACUCUUAUUUCAAUCCUGUAUGCUUGUAGUCAUGCUGGUUUGAUUGAACAAGGUUGUGAAUAUUUUUCUAUGAUGAUUAUAAGAUAUGGCAUAGAACCAGCAAUUGAACAUUAUGGUUGUAUGGUUGAUUUAUAUGGUCGAGCUGGUCAAUUGCAGAAGGCUUACGAUUUUGUAAUUCAAAUGCCAAUUCCUCCCAAUGCCAUUCUUUGGCGGACUGUUCUGGGAGCCUGCAGCUUUUUUGGUAAUGUUGAGUUAGGGGAGCAAGUGAAGGAAAGGCUUUCCGAGCUGGAUCCUAACAAUUCUGGUGACCAUGUUCUGUUGUCGAAUAUUUAUGCUGUUGCAGGGAAAUGGAAGGAUGUAGCCACUGUAAGGAGAUCAAUGACUGAGCAAAGGUUAAAGAAAACUCCUGGUUGGAGCAUGAUUGAAGUUGAAAAAGUUAUGUAUAGUUUUAUGGCUGGUGAAAAACAAAACAAGACUACUCAGGAGGCUUAUGAGAAACUAAGGGAGAUAAUGUUGAAGCUUAGGGUUGAAGGAGGUUAUAUUCCAGAGGUUGGCAGUGUGUUGCAUGAUAUAGAAGAGGAAGAAAAGGAGGAUGCCGUGUCCAAGCACAGUGAGAAGCUUGCUGUUGCUUUCGGUAUUGGAAGGUUGUGUGAGGGAAGUGUCAUAAGAAUAGUGAAAAAUUUGAGGGUGUGCAUGGACUGUCAUACCAUGAUGAAGCUGAUCUCUAAGCCCCUCUGGAGCCGCCUCCCAUUGAUGGUCCCUGCAGAAGUACAUUGA